AUGUCGUCAUCUGCACAACCACAUCAAACGCAGGUGAAGCCAACGAGAAACUUGCACAAGGAUGAUACUAUCACGUCAAUUGAUUCCAAAUACGAGACUGACGAUGCAGAACUUCUCAAGAGAAGUCAAUAUGACGAAGUGUCAGAAACAAUUGAAUCAUGGAAAAAAUUAGAAUCGAUUUUGGCGCCCCUCUUGUUCACUUUAUUAUCAUUUUUUGUUCGAUUUUAUCGUAUUUCAAUCAAUGAUAGUGUUGUUUGGGAUGAAGCUCAUUUCGGUAAAUUUGGUUCUUAUUACUUACGUCAUGAAUUUUAUCAUGAUGUCCAUCCACCAUUGGGUAAAAUGUUGGUUGGAUUGUCGGGGUAUUUAGCUGGGUAUAAUGGAUCAUGGGAUUUUCCUAGUGGUGAAAAAUACCCCGAAUAUAUCGAUUAUACCAAAAUGAGGUUGUUUAAUGCUACGUUUUCAGCGUUGUGUGUUCCAUUUGCGUAUUAUACCAUGAAGGAAAUUGGGUUUUCUGUGUGGACGACUUGGUUAUUUACCUUGAUGGUUACUUUGGAAAGUUCUUAUGUUACUUUGGGUAAGUUUAUUUUGUUAGAUUCGAUGUUGUUGUUUUUCACAGUGACUACGGUGUUUUGUUUUGCUAGAUUUAAUAAUUUUAAUGUUAAGGAAAGCGAGUUUAGUAGGAAAUGGUGGAAAUGGCUUUUGUUGACUGGUGUUUCUAUUGGAUGUGUCUGUUCGGUUAAAAUGGUGGGAUUGUUUGUCACUACUUUAAUUGGUAUUUAUACUGUUGUUGAUUUGUGGAAUAAAUUGAAUGAUAGGUCAAUUACCUGGAUUAGGUAUGGGUAUCACUGGGCAGCGAGAAUUUUUGGAUUGAUUAUUAUCCCAAUUUCAAUUUUCUUGCUUUGUUUUAAAGUUCAUUUCGAUUUGUUGUACAAAUCGGGUCCUGGUGAUGCUAAUAUGUCUUCUUUGUUUCAAGCUAAUUUACUUGGAUCACAAGUUGGUGGAGGUCCAAGAGAAAUUUCCAUGGUUCAUUCAGUUGUCACGUUGAAAAAUCAAGGAUUGACUGGAGGACUUUUGCACUCACAUGUGCAAACCUUCCCUGAAGGUUCUAAACAACAGCAAGUUACUACUUAUGGACAUAAAGAUUCCAAUAACAAUUGGAUUUUCCAACGUCCAAGAGGUCAACCAAGUUAUGAUCCUAGUGGAAACAAUACCGAUAUCGAAUAUGUGUUUGAUGGUAUGCCAAUUAGAAUUAUGCAUCCACAAACUGGAAGAAACUUGCACACCCACGAAAUUCCAGCCCCUGUUACCAAGACUGAAUUGGAAGUUGCAUGUUAUGGAAACUUAACCGUUGGUGAUGCUAAGGAUAAUUGGAUUGUCGAGGUCGCUGAUCAAGCUAGUAAUGAAGACAAGAUGAGAUUACAUCCAUUGACAACAUCAUUCAGAUUGAAAAAUGAAGUUAUGGACUGUUAUUUAGGAGUUUCGGGAUCUACUUUACCACAAUGGGGGUUUAGACAAGGUGAAGUUGUAUGUUUUAAGAACCCAUUCAAGAAGGAUAAGAGAACGUGGUGGAAUAUCGAAGAUCAUAGAAAUGAACUUUUACCUCCAGCACCAGAAGAUUUCAAGUUACCCAAGACAAGAUUUAUUCGUGAUUUUAUCCAAUUGAAUUUAGCCAUGAUGGCUACAAACAAUGCAUUGUUGCCUGAUCCUGAUAAGCAGGAUGAUUUGGCUUCUUCUUUCUGGCAAUGGCCUACCUUAAAUGUUGGUAUUAGAAUGUGUGGAUGGGGAGCCGAUAAACCUAAAUACUUUAUGAUUGGAUCACCUGCAACUACAUGGAGUUCCAGUAUUGGAAUUAUUGUGUUUGCCUUGAUUACAUUGUACUAUCUCGUCAGAUGGCAAAGACAAAUUGUCGAUUACCCAAGUGACCAACCAGCAAGAUUACAAAAAUUUAUAAUGGGUGGUAUUUAUCCAAUGUUGGGUUGGGGUUUACAUUUUAUGCCAUUUGUCAUAAUGGGAAGAGUAACUUAUGUUCAUCAUUAUGUACCAGCAUUAUACUUUGCCAUGAUUGUAUUCUGUUUUGAAGUUGAAUUAUGGACUUCGAAAUUGAACUACAGAGGAGCUUCAGCAGUAAGCAAGAUUGCAUAUAUAGCAAUUUAUUUGGCAUUGUAUUUUAUUGUUGGUUUUACAUUUUAUUAUUUGAGGUAUUUCUCAUUUGGAAUGGAAGGUCCUAAGGAGAAUUGGAAACAUACUCAAUGGUUACAAUCAUGGAGAGUUUCUGACGAUAAUUAUGUAUAG